UCAUGGUUAGAUGCUCAGAUUCAUUAUAGCCAUGCAUUACGCAUGCUUCUCAUAGCUAUCAACACUAAUUAUCAAGAAUUAUAGCAGAUUGCAUAUAGCAAAGUAUAGUUUAUGCGAAACUAAUCAGCAGAGAUUUGUCCUUUUAAGCAUGUCUUGUGGAAAUUUCUCUACGGCGACUACUUUUAUUAAAAUUGCAACAAUCGUUUUAUUUCUUGCAUUUAUUCUUCUUAUUGCUGGGUUUUCAUUUCCAAGAUGGUCUACAUUGACAAUCUCUGCUGAAAUAGUUGAUACUGGAUUUGACACAAGCUAGCACGUUGGUUUAUGGAAAGACUGUAGUUGCACAAGUGUUUUGGGCUCGGAAACAUGCUGCUGUUUUGCGAAACUCUAUAUAACAGACUGGUUGCGAACGGUCCAAGCCAUGGUUACACUAGGUUUGAUUGGCUUGAUAAUUUCAGCAAUCAUUUCUACAAUCAUUCUGUUCUCACGACAAGACAAGGAAUCAACAUACUAUUCGCUGCUUGUUCAGGACUUUUUAUCGUUAUUGGUGUAAUAAUAUUCGGCAUUGAGAACACAGAAGAUUUUGAAGAGUUGUUCAACUUCAAUGACUUGCUUUCAUACGAUCUGGAUACUUACGGAAGUCUGUAUGCAUCGUUCUGCCUGUCAGCAAUUGCUGGAGCUCUAUGUCUUCUUGUGUGUUUACCACUUUUCUUGAAAGACUACCUAACGCCUAUCCUUCCGCCUGUACAACAAAUCAACCCCAUUCCGGUACAAUACACAAACCAAGGUCGUAUUCAUAUUCCUUCUCCAGGACAGACACAUCUUGUUGUCAAUUCUUCUGCUCAACAGCGAGGAAGGCCACGAUACACACAAGCUCCGGCCGUGUACGUUCCACCCGGUCAGCAAAUGCAAGGUCAAUAUGUGUAUCCGUCACAGUCACAUCAACAGUAUGGAAUACAGUAUCCACAACAACAGCAGCAACAACAACAACAAUAUGGAGUACUGUAUCCACAACAAGACAGUAACCAAGAUCACAAAUAGUAAAAUCUUCAAACAACUUGACAAUGUAUAAUAUGCUUUAUAUAUUAUUUAAAGGAAAGGAGAGUUAUCCAAUCAAAUGUUACUUACACUAAUACGACGAAAGCAAACACGUUUUCAAGAACUCAUAAAAUAUGGGGCGACGUUUAAUGUUUAUUUACAGUAUCAUUUUUUCAUUGUCACAUUUUAAUAAAGGCAAUCAAAUACUGUAAAUAAAAGAAAAAUAAGGCAGUUAAUGAAAUGCUUACAUAAAGGCAUUAGGAGCUGAAAAUUGCAUAAGAUUUUUAUUAUUUCAAAAGAUAGCUUUUUAGGAAAAUAGGAAAAAUGUAUAAAGAACGUAUCCCUAUACUCCGUAUCAGUAGACCUAUCACGUGAUCUGAAACAGAUAAACAUUCGCACUACACUGCAGAGAGAAUGCCUUUACAAUGGGUUUACAACCAUGUCAGAUUAAUAACCACGGUUAAUCUAUUCCUUAUCACUUGCUAAUAAAUAAACAAUUAUACCCUCAACCUACACAGAAACCUAAUUUAAAUACAGUCUUUACAACAUUCUACAGAUAAUUUCAGAAAUGGCCUCUAGUAGCACUUUGAAUUGGAGUAAAAAUUAAAUGGAAUUCUAAAAUAUUGCUGAUUACAUAAAAGAAAGAGGAAAUAAAACAGGGUCUUUGAAAAAGGAUACAUUUUUUUUUAUUGAAAGUUUAAUAUGUACACGAUGCGUUUGUUUGUAAAACAGACAAUACAUUCCUUCUAAAAACAAAAUGUUGUCGAAGUCAGAGGAAAAAUGAAUUACCACAUACAUUAUCUAAAAGAAUCAAACAUUCUUGACGGACAAUGCAGCUGUUUUGCUCGGUAAAUGAAAAAACUGUGUACUUCCAUUUAAACAAUUGAAACUUAAUUAAUUUUUGUGUGUUAUUUAUUCCAGAUAAUACUAGUUAAUCUUUGCAAUGUGUACAUGUGGUAUGUAUAUAAACACACUGGCUGGGAAAGUUUCGGAUCUCGUGAUAAAUUUUGUCGAUAUGGAGUAUAUGUAUAUCAUUAAAUUUCGUGAUUUUUUUACCUUAUUGUAAAUUCAGUUCUCUGGCGAUUUGAUGCUCUGCAUCAAAAUGUUACUUGUAAUUUCUGAAGUGCUCUAAGCGGUUAAACUUGAAAGCAAAAAUCCAGGAACUACCACUGGUUACCACGCCCAGAUAUAUCAGUAGGAAUAAGAAUUGGCUCAUUUAUCUAAAUUUCAAUGAAAUAUAAUGACCUGGAAAUAUUUUAGUAAAUUAUUUAAAUCCAGUUAUUGUAUAAUCCUUUAAUUUCGUGCGUAAAAAAAAAAUCAUGGUUUUACUCAAAACGACCAUUUUGUUGGUAAAUGAAAUAGUAGAUUUCUGCUGGCCAAGAUAAAAGCAUAGAAACUUUUGUUGAGAUUUAAUUUCGAUUGAUGCAACCAUUAUUAAAGGUCAUUUCACACAUACA